AUGUCAACACUAACUUACUGUCUUGUAUAUGCCUUUUAGCGUCCUUGCAUUAAUUUAAUCUAUACACUGUUUACACUUGUAGUCAGAAGCAUUUAUUUCAGAGACUACGAGAACGGAAGCUUUAGAUUUUAUGCAUCCAUAAAAGAAUUAGCGAUACAACGAAAGUGAAACGGCUAUAAAAAGAAAGCAGAUCAUAUGCUUUAGUGUAACAAGAUGGCAGCUCCGAUUAACUCGUUCAAUAUGAAUUCAAUGAAAGACCCAGAGAAAACAUCUGUGAUAGACGACUUCAUGUAUGGAAGUAAUGUUGCUUCUGCACAUAUUUACAUACGCAUGGGUUUUCUUCGUAAAGUGUAUGGAAUAUUGACAGCACAACUUUUGGUCACAACACUGACUGCAGCAUUUUUCAUUUUGCAUGAACCUACAAAGCUUUUUGUGCAGAAAAAUCAAUGGAUGCUUCUAGUUGCCCUGUUUGCUACAUUUGGUGUGAUGAUGGUACUAACACUUAAGAGGAGAGAGACACCUAUAAAUUACAUUCUUCUGUUUGUUUUCACUGCCCUAGAAGCUUACACAGUUGGAGUGAUUGUAACAUUCUAUCACGUAUCAUUGGUGUUAGAAGCAUUUGCACUGACCUGUGCUGUCACUUUUGGUCUGAGUAUUUACACAUUGCAAAGCAAAAGGGAUUUCAGCAAGUUAGGAGCUGGUCUUUUUUCAGUGUUGUGGAUUCUUAUUUUAGCUGGACUUUUACAAAUAUUCUUCCAGAGUGAAAUGAUUGACAAACUGUUGGCUAUUGGAGGUGCAAUUGUCUUCUCACUGUUUAUUGUCUUUGAUACUCACAUGAUGAUGCACAAGUUGUCAGCUGAAGAAUACAUUGUAGCUUCUAUCAAUCUCUAUUUGGAUAUCAUCAAUCUGUUUCUAUACAUCUUACGUAUACUCAAUGAUAAUCGAAAAUAAAUAUCAACUUCCAAUAA